AUGGGCAAUAUUUGCAACUAAAAAAUUACUUCUCCAUCCAAAGAAUUUGAUUUUGGAGAAGUCAUCUUCGGAAGAACAUAUAUUUAUGGCCCUCCCUCUAUUGAAAAGCCAGCACCCAUUUAAAUAUUGAAAUUUUUAGAUUAGGAUUUUAAUUAUCAGCACGAAUAGGAACAGUGCUGCUCCUCCUAGAUGAUUCAAUUGAAGGAUCAGCCACUUCUAUAACUUACAGAUAGAGAUUCAAAACCCAUUGAUGUAAAAUUAUCAGUAGAAGAAAAUCUGUUACUUAGAGAAAUGCCUGGAUCAUAAGAAUAGGAUAGCUGUUCAAAGGAUGAUAGGAAUAGUGAGUUCAAGGAUUCCAAUCAAGAUAAUACAAAAUAUAAAUCAAUUUUAAAGCAAAAAAAUAAAAAUACUUCAAAUCCUUAGAGUCCGAAGAAUAAGCUCAAGGAUUCUCAUACUUCAGGUUCGCAAAGAUCGAUAAAAAAAGUCACCUUUGAUAAAAAAUCAAAAGUUGUUUAUAGUAGUUUCAGAAACAUCAAAUAUUGA